AACGAGCACAUCCGGGUCACCGUCCUGACCUUGGUUGGUUGAUCAUCAUGGCUGCCAUCGUCAGGUUAAGUUCUGUUUGUCACAGAGGACUUAAACCUCUGUUCUACCGAAGCACUCUGCUUGCCAGACCGCUGGUCGCACCACACAAAGACCAGGAGAGGCCCUACCUGCUGACAGCAAGGAUUCACGCAUCGCAAGCUCUUCACGCGGGCUCCGGCUCCAAAGCUGCCUCUCUGCACUGGACAGGAGAGCGAGUGCUGAGCAUCCUGCUGCUGGCCAUGGGGCCGGUAGCCUACUUCUACCCAAGUCCUGUCAUGGACUACUCCCUGGCCGCCGCCCUCACCCUGCAUGGACACUGGGGCAUUGGCCAAGUGUUAACGGACUACGUUCACGGGGACACAAAGAUCAAGAUUGCCAAUGCAAGUCUUUUCGUCCUGUCCACCGUCACCUUCGCCGGUCUCUGCUACUUCAACUACAACGACGUCGGCAUUUGCAAAGCCAUCGCCCUACUAUGGAGCAAAUGAACAUGAGACUGAGGGCGGGGAAGUUUGGGAAGGGUCAAGCAGACGCUGGAAUGGGAGCCAUCCUGUCCUGGCUGAUUGUGUAAAUUCAAGGGAUUCUAUGUAAAUUGUUAUAAAUAUAUCAUUUUUGGCAAUAUGACAGUGAUUCACAAGUGUAAUUGUAAUUAAUGUUUAUCAAUUCAGGCGCAUCCUGUUUUUUUUUUUUUUUUUUUUUUAACAGAACUCUUGUUGCUCAGUUUAGUUACAGUGAUAAUUGAGUGACCGGCAUCCAUAUUCUGUUCUGACAUGUUAGUGACAGGGUCCUGUUGAUGUGCUUUAUGGUUUCAGUUUAAAGCUACAUUCACCUUCAUUUUUCAUUUAAAGCAAGAGCGUUUGUUCAUUCAUGAUCCCACUACCCAUUUUACAGAUAAGAGGUAUAUAAUAUCCUGACAUGCAAUCGUCAUGUAAUUUAAUCUUAAGAAACACAACUUUAAGAUGGAAUGGCAGUGAACUGCGACCGAAACGGUGUUGACAUUUUAAUUUAUUUUUCAUGUUCCAGGCCUUUUUGUGGGCGUCUUAUUGAAGUGUGUUUUGUGUCUGUCACAUUGUGUAUAUACUACCUUUUUUGUCCUUAAACCUGUCAGGGUUUCAUGGGCAACACCAUAGAUGAGAGCAGUGUUUGUUUCAGAUCUGAGAAGUUGAAGUUCACGCCACCAUCGUGAUGGGACUCUCAGUCAAAGAUUUCAUAAGAUGCAUUCUAACAGCAUCAAAUCGGGGAUGUGAAUCUAACCUCAUCUCUAACUUGACCAGCAGGAGUAAAUCCGGUUAGCUCUGUCAGAGAUUGCAUUGUCAAACCUCUACCCUCACAAGCUGUAUACACUUUGCACACAAUUCACAGAUUAUACGUGUAAAUUGUGGAGAGCGAAUUAGACCUCCUAAGGAGUUCCAGGCAUCAUGAUUGUGACUCUGUUAGCUCAGACACAAGGGCUCCAUUGCUGUUCCAGCUCGCUCAGAGCAGGAGGGGUCUGGAAGCACACUUAAUUUCCUUGUAUUUUCCAUUUGCAACCAGGAAGCUAUUAUCCCCAUUAAUGUGGCAAAAGUUUCUUUUAAGAUAAGAGAGUGUGCUGUAAAUGAAAGCGAUCUUUCUGCAUUCUUGUGCAUUUUGAUCAGCAAUGGAAAACGAGUUUAGAUGAAGUAGAAAAUCUUGUCCUCGUCGGAGGAGUUCAUAGCUGCCAAAUGCUUGUAAAAUUUGACUUUAGCACUCUCACACUGUCCACAAAGCUUUUGAGAUAUCCCUUUCAAUGCCAGUCAUGUUAGUAUUGUUGUACUUGAUAAUGAAUCACAUACUGCCUCUACAGUGUAUGUGUGAGCAUGUUUUGUAUAAAAACAUCCUUAACAUGAAAUAACAAGAAGGCUAAUCUAGUUCUAUACCUACCAUCUCUCUCUUGCUCAUAUUUACCUCCAGUUGAAUGCACCGCUGUGUAGCCAAGGCUUUGUUCUCUGUAAUUCAUUAGCCGGCUAAUUGAAAUUGUUAGUGUUAAUGUGUUGCCCUCAAAUAUUUACUCAUGGCUAGUUUUAUGUACACAACACAGUGCGAGCAUGCAGUUAUUUGAAACAAAGCUUUAUUUUUGUACUGCUGGGAUGUGUUGACGGAACACUUACAGGCUGAGAUUAUAAUCCCCUGUAAAAGAUGAGUUUUGCCCUCAGUCUGUCCUUACACUGCUCACGCAGUAAAUGUCUCCAAGAGCUUACAAGUUUGGUGUUGGUGCGUUUACUUGCUACAUCAAGUUACAACUUGUCAUUUUUCUUCAGUUAAUCUGUCCUUUACGCACAAAAUGUGAUGUUGUCAGACAAGUGCUUUGUUCAUGCCUCACCAGAAUAAAGUUGGAUUUCUGGAUGGUG